AUGAAGACGGUCGUCGUUCUCGGCGGUGCUUAUGCUGGCGCUCGGACUGUUCAAGUACUGUCAAAGGGACUCCCGGAAGGAUGGAGAAUUGUGUUGGUAGAUAGAAACACACAUAUCAAUCACGUAUAUGUAUUCCCAAGACUCGCAAUCCUGCCUGGACAUGAGCAUAAAGGAUUCAUUCCCUUCUCCAGACUUUUAGAUCCAACCCGGCACCAAGACUUAUGUUUACACGCCUCAGUUAGAUCGGUGCAUUCUUCCUACGUCGUACUGGAUAAAUCUUUCCCCGAAAGAGGCGUACCCACUCCGGAAUUACGGUUCGACUAUCUCGUCUACGCUUUAGGUAGCAGACUUCCUGCUCCGUUGGAUCUGUGGGGCUCGUCUCCAGAGUCAGGCAUAGCAUCCCACAAAGAUGCAGUAGUUUUCAAGCCGUACGCUGGUACGAAACAGGAGGGAAUUUCAUGGCUGAAGACGCAUCAAGAGGUGAUCAAGAGCUCGGAUAGCAUAUUGGUAGUUGGUGGUGGUGCAUUGGGCAUCCAAUUUGCAACAGACAUCUCGGCAAUAUAUCCUAACAAGACGAUAACUUUGCUUCACUCUCGCCAUCGGUUACUUCCAAGGUUCGAUGAGAAGAUGCAUACGGAAAUCAUGGACACCCUUCUGGCCUCUAACAUCCAAGUCAUUCUUGGCGAACGGCUGGACAUGCAGUCUAUCUUAUUUGAUGACGCGAUCAAGCUGAACAAACUAGGACAACGUGUGGCUAGAACGCUGCAAGGACGGGAGGUAGCUGCUGAUCUCAUUCUUUUAUGUACCGGCCAAAAACCCAAUACCCAUUUCCUAUCCGCGAUGGAUCCUCGUUGUGUUAACCCCCAUGACGGACUUGCGCAUGUGAUUCGGACAAUGCAGCUUGGCGUCGUCCUGUCUACGUCUCCUCCUACCCUUUCGAAUUUCACUUCGGAGUCCUCAACUCCAUCACCUUCAUGGUCUGCGUCCACUUCGACAUUUAGUACUUCAAGCCUACUUUCCCCAGAACAGGAGCUUGAAAAUGCUCUAGCCCAAGUCGCAUUAGCUGAAAAGAAUGUCGGGAUCGAGGAACCGUUAUCCGGACUUUCGAUAUCCGAAGAAGACGACGAUGUACUCGACUCAAACCUGGAUGGGGAAGAUGGCGCGGAACUUUCGACCCCGUAUCCGAAUAUAUUCGUCGCUGGAGACGCUGCAAAUGCGUUUGGUGCAAUUCCCGCUGGACAUACUGCCUAUUAUCAGGGAGAAGUGGCCGCAAGGAACAUCUUGCGGCUUAUACAACGUUCAGAGUGUCCUUUGAAAAUUCCGCAAUAUGAGGGCGUUCUCGUGACGGAGGAAGAAGAAGAGCGUUUAGAACAUUACGCCCCAGGAUUACCCGCUAUCAAAAUCUCAUUGGGCUUGACAAAGUCCGCAUAUCAAGCUAAUGGGGUAGUGCGGACUGCGGAUGACGGGGUACCAGACUUGAAUGCGGCCGCGAUAUGGGGGUACUUUGGGUAUGAGGUGGAGAAGGAAGAAGAUAUGUAUGCAUAA